UUGAAUUUAAUAAUAAUGAAACUUAUGAUCUUCUUAAAGCUUUUCCAUCUUUAUUACUUACUAAACAUUCUAGUAAACCAAAUCAUAUUCCCAUAUGUGCAUCAUAUAAAACUACUGCAAAGCAUUACUCUGCUCCAACAUUAGAUUCAAUCUCAGAAGAACUAAAUAAUGUUCCAAUAUAUCAUUGUUGUUGGCUUUCACCAAUCCAUUUAAGCUAUUCUUUAGGUUGUGCAGAAAGUUCAAAUCAAUUUACACAUUACUGCCACCUCACUAGUGAUUUUGGUUUAUCAAAAAAUAUUUGUGCUUUACAUUUAUAUUCUGGUACAUUGGGUGCAAUCCUAGAUCCUAAUGCCAAUAAUAAUUGGUUUCAUGAUUCUUUGCUAUAUGUAGCAAAUUAG